CGGCAACACGUGGUCAUCAUAACUUCCUGAUGACACAACUCACAGUGACCUUGGAUGCAAACAUACCUUCAGUAAGUUUUAAGAUGUAACUCACAUGAGCCAUGGCAGUCAAAAUGAACGAAGUCGUCUACUUCCUGACAUCAGCAACAACUCUCCUUCAUUUAAUGUUCCUCUACAUGACAUUGCAGAUGAGCGUCUCCCAGGAAUUUGGUGAAGUAAGACUAGUUGAUGGUGAGGAACCAACCCAGGGGCGUGUCGAGGUCUACAACGGAACCCUCUGGAUGUCUAUCUGUGGAUUCCAAUGGACAUUAAAGCAUGCCAAAGUAAUCUGUCGUCAGCUCUCCAUGCCCCUCGCAACAGGAGCCACCAACGGAGGGCGCUUCAAACCUGGGACUGGGAUGAUCCUGGCUGAUAAUCUGGACUGCACAGGCUUCGAGGCCAAUAUAUUUGAUUGCCCUUAUGAGCGGAGUGAUCUGAGGUGUGAUCACAGCAUUGAUGCUGGGGUGAUUUGUGGUGUAUGGUCGCAUGCAAAAGAGUUUGAUGUUCGCUUGACGGGUACACUAAGCAUGCUGGAAGGCAGAGUGGAAGUGUUCUACAGGGACCAGUGGGGCACUGUCUGUAAUUCAAACACAGGGUUCGAGAACAAUGUGUUGUUGGACAAAUACUGGGACCUUAAGGAUGCCCAGGUGGUGUGUCGUCAGCUUGGCUACCUGACGGCCCAACAAUCCUACAGAGAAGAUUUACUGAUGACAGAGACGUCGUUGCCAGUAGCUGUUACAAAUCAACGCUGUACUGGGAUAGAAGUCAAUCUAGGAGAAUGCAAUGCGGAUUGGGAAGUUUUGUUUUGUGCACGCUACCAGGAAGCACAAGUUGUAUGUGACCCCCGUCAUAGAGUAGAAAGUUUUGAUGUUCGCUUAGUUGGAGGUCAUCAUCCUAACCAAGGUUUUGCAGAAGUCCUCUAUGAGGGAGAUUGGAAAUCAAUUUGUAGCAGAGAGUGGGACUUGGAUGAUGCUGACGUCAUCUGUAAACAGCUUGGGUAUCCCUAUGCUGUCUAUGCUCUUGUUGACAAUCAAGAACUAUCGGCGUGGACGAUGAAUAAGUCAGACACAUUUCUAGAUAGAGUUGAAUGUACUGGAAACGAGACUAACCUAGCAGAGUGCCUUAUGAGUUAUACAUCAACAGCCUUGUGUGGGACCACAGAGAAAGCUGGUAUCGUUUGUAUGAGUGACAAGUAUCCAAGUGAAGAUCCACGUGAUAAAGAAGGUGUGGACCUCUCCAUGAUCCUCACAGUAGCACUCAUUGUCUCGGCUGUCAUCUUUCUCUUAAUUGUCUUCUUAUUCAUCUUGGCUAAGUACAAGAAACACAUCGCUCAAAAGCAUCUACCGUUAUCACUCCCAGGAACACCACAGCAAGAUCAGGUUCCCCUGACACCCCGAUCAGCAGCAGAUGAAGAAGAGCCAGCAGAUAACCCACCUCCUUACGAGGAGACCCUUAGUGAUUUAGGAGACAAACUGACUCCUCUACCUGUCUUCAAGGCUAUAAAAAGGGGUUAUGAGGAUCCCAACCGAGCGAGUGGCACCGAAGUGUGAUGUUAGCCUCAGUCAUGUUAGCCUCUGUUCAAAGUGUAAGAAUAGGCAAUUGACUACCUUCCUUCCAUCCAGAA